AUGCAUUAUGGUCUCUUGCUUCUCGUGAGCGUUGGUCGAUUCGGCUGCUUCGGUUAUGGAGCUGCAUCUCGCCGAGAGUGCAGUGUAUUUGAGCGAAGUUUAGUGAGCAUUCCUGUCCUGUCCGAUGCUUCCAUCGUCUUGCCAACCAGAGUAUCAGGCUCUCUUCGAGAGUUCUACUUCGUUACUUUCCCUGUCCGCUAUCCUCUUCGAGGGUGCGGUGUAUCUAUUCGACCGUCUGUAGAGGGGCUCGCGCAAGCGCUCUUCGAGCGUCUUGUCUUUUCCUUUUGUUCUUUAGUCCCAGACGUUUGCCGCUAUCCUUUCGAGGGUGCGGUAUAUCUCAGCAGAUAUCGUGUCUCUCUUCGAGAGUUCGAUGGUCUGCUGGACCUUGUUCCAGCUCUCUUAGAGAGUCUGGUCGCGUUAUCCCAGCCGCUAUCUCCUUCGGGGUUGCGGGUUAUCUUAGCAGAUAUCGGUGAGUACACUAGCCUAUUUCCAAGCAUCAUGCCAUGUCAACAUACUGAUGAUAAUAUCAGUGUCUCUCUUCGAGGGUCUGGUCUCCAACCCCUUGCCGUGUCUCCUCGAGAGUCCGGCCUGCUUCUUGUGUGCGCUUGUUACGCAUCUUGGGCACAUGUUCAGGGCACCGGAGCCGCACGACAAUCCAAUCUUCGACUCGACACACAUCAUAUGAUGUGGCCUGCUAUGAUAGCUGACCAGCUACUUCACCGUUUGAAGCAAGAAUAUGGCCCUGUACGCUGUCAAGUCCCUUGA